CUCCUCCUCCUCCGACCCAACAACAACUCCAGCACACACACACACACACACGUAUACAGCCUCUCUUAGCUUAGCAGCUCCAGCACCGGCCGGCCGGCACCACAACAAUGGCCACCGUCCUGAGCAGCCUCCGCGCGCCGGCCUCGACCUUCCCCUCCUCUCUCCGCGUCGCGGCAGCACCGGCGGCGCCGGCCACCGUGGCGCUGCUGCCUGCGGCGGGCAACAAGGUACCGGGCAUGGCCGCCCGUGGCGCCAGGCUGCGCGCGCAGGCCACCUACAACGUGAAGCUCGUGACGCCGGAGGGGGAGGUGGAGCUGCAGUGUCCCGACGACGUGUACAUCCUGGACCAGGCCCAGGAGGAAGGCAUCGACCUGCCCUACUCCUGCCGCGCGGGGUCCUGCUCCUCCUGCGCCGGCAAGGUCGUCGCCGGCAGCGUCGACCAGUCAGACCAGAGCUUCCUCGACGACGACCAGAUCGCCGCCGGAUGGGUGCUCACCUGCCACGCCUACCCCACCUCCGACGUCGUCAUCGCCACGCACUUGGAGGACGAGCUCACCGGCUAAUCAUCAUGUGUUACAUAUGCAUGCAUGAUUGAUUAAGCGCGCGCGUAGUACUGCUGUUGUUUGUUGGUUUUGCAUGCAACUCAUGUAAGCGUGGAGUUUUCAACCGAUCGAUCCGUGGAGAGAGAGAGGCCCUAUUACAUACCUUGUGCGUGUAUGCUUAUUAUAUUUGCCGUACGUGUUGAGUUGUUGUUAAUUAAUAUAUGGCCUAAUUGUAAUCUUGUUUUAUAAUUUGCUAUUUUGUUUCUUUUCGAUCUGUUUAUAUAUAAGCAAAAUGACUGGUUAUAUAUUGAA